AUGUUGAAGCUAAAAACUGAUAAGAAGGUAUAUUUCAAAGACUGGCCUCCAUUUUUCACUGUUUAUUAUUCAAUUGGGCUCAAAUAAAUAAAUGGGUACGGAUUAACUGAUGCAAAAGAAUCAUUAUCAAGUGAUAAUGCAGAUGCUUCAGAUAGUUUUACAGCUUCUGAAAAUUCUAAAUAAAUCAAAUUUAAUGGUGUUAUAGUCCUAACAAAUAAAUUCGGUGAUAUUAUUUCUUUGCAAGUUGUAUUAGGAGCUGGACAAGAAUAUCCAUAUUCAAUUAAGCAAUCCUAGCUACAUCCAUCUCCACUAUUAAAAUUACCAUCAUCGCAUUACUUAUCUCUUACAAUACCAUCUCCACAUAUAUCUUCGCACUCUAAUUCCUCAUUCAUGAAAUACCCAACUUAAGUUUCACAUGAUGCACAACUAAAUGCUUAUUCAUCAAAAAUGUUUCCUGAAUAGCACUAAAUACAAUCAUUUGAAGCUGGUCCAACACAUUUUCUGCAGGAUUAAUGA